CCGUUUCAUAUCAGUAAUUUAACGCAAGACCGACAGAUUAAUUUAGUUAAAUAAAUUUUGAGAAUGCACUUUCAUUUUCUGGAAACUAUCCUUUCUAUCCGAACAUUAAUUAUUCAUUUUAGGCGGGAGAAAUUGGAGCAGUUGCUUCCUCCACCAAGAUCCAUUUAUUGUUUUUGCUUGGCCAUUCUUUGGCUAGCUAGUUAUGUUUUUGCUUGUCAAAUAUCUCUUGAUUAAUUUCAGAAUAGAAGAAAAGAGACAAUGAGCGGCCUUUUCUCCAUCAGUACUAAAUUUUCAACCUUGUGCAUAUGCCUCAUAUUUCUUGCCAUCAAUACUGAAGGAGAGAGUAGCAACAGAGAAAUUUUGGAGCUCACUAUUGGUGGCGGCAGUGGCGACAGAGGCGGUGGUGGAGGUGGAAACAGAACACAAAAGGUGAAACUUUGGAAUCCAUUUUGUUCACUUCCUCCCCACUUUGCAUUGCAAUUUCCACCACUACCAUACGGUAUACCACCACCACCACCUCCCGUCGGACCAGAAGUUUUGGUCUUUGACGACCAAAGGCGCGCUGUGGUUUACCCUGUCAUCCAAAAAUUCAAGGCCAUAAUCACCUCAGUCCCUCUAGGCAUCGCCAAAUCCUGGCAAGGUUUGGACAUAUGCAGCUGCAAAGGAUUCUACUGUGACAAUCCACCAGACAACAAAACCGCCAUUGCUCUCGCCUCCAUUGACUUCAACGGAUUCCAGCUUGGCGCCCCCACCCUCGAUGGCUUCAUCAACCAACUUACAGACAUUGCUCUCUUUCAUGCAAAUUCCAACAACUUUGCCGGCACCAACCCUCCGGAUAUUGCCAAGCUACCUUGUCUCUACGAGCUAGACAUAAGUAACAAUAAAUUGUCAGGCUCAUUUCCAAGGGCAAUUUUGGGAAUUAAAAGCCUAACCUUCUUGGAUAUUCGGUUCAAUCUCUUUACUGGGUCCGUACCAUCUCAAUUAUUUUCACAGAAUCUUGAUGUCCUCUUCAUCAAAGAUAACAAUUUCAGGCAGACGCUGCCUGAUAACCUGGGCAACACUCACGUUCUUUGUCUUAUUUUAGCCAACAACAGAUUCAUGGGUCCUAUCCCACGAAGCAUUAACAAAACUUUGUCCACUCUAACUGAAGUUCUCUUCCUAAACAAUAUGCUAACUGGUUGUCUGCCCCUCGAGAUAGGAUUUUUAAAGGAGGCCAGGGUGUUCGAUGUAGGAAACAAUCGGCUUACAGGUCCAAUACCAUUCUCCUUGGGUUGCCUGGAGAAGGUGGAGGAGCUCAACUUUGCCGGUAAACUCUUCUAUGGAAUGGUGCCAGAGGUGCUUUGUCAACUCCCAAAUUUGUUGAAUUUGUCUUUGUAUGAUAAUUAUUUUAUGCAAGUAGGGCUAGCAUGUAGGAGCUUGAUUUGGAAGGGGCUCUUGGAUAUUAGAAAGAACUGCAUUCCUGAUCUGCCAUUUCAAAGAUCCGUAGCUGAAUGCGCAGAUUUAUUUCAGUACCCAAGGUUCUGUCCUUACAUGAACUCACAUUCCUUGCAAGCCUCGGCAUCUUGGUUCUCCGGGUUCUUUGAUUCCCUAAAAUGGCUGCUUAGCCUUGUCAUUCUCUUUUCAUGCAAACCACUUUGAAUUAUUCUGAACAUGUAUGCAGGGUCAUUCUUUCACUUCUUCAAUGGAAUGAGCUGAAAUCAAGAAAUAAUCAAUCAUCUGGUAGUCAAUUUUGAUA